AUGCCUAGACCAGAUUCCUUCUCCAUCACCCUUUUCCCCGUCCCCGUGAAAGGUGAGACCAAGCAACCAAGACGACCACCACCACCUACUAAUAAUCGCCGCCGGAGUGCUUCACGUGUGCUGCAGCUUCUCACCGGCCACCGCCCCUCUGAGAUUCUGGACAGGACGGCUCUCAACAUCAUCGACUACGCAUACACGGCGCUGCUCGAGAUCGCGCCGCCCGAGGGCAGCCAGAGCGUCGUCGAGGUCAGCGCGCCCGUCGACCCCGCCGACCCAUACUCGCCUCUGGUCCACGUCGACGCCAGCUCCACGCACUGCCGCAUCCGCCUGCCCUACAGCCGCUGCGCCCUCGCAGGAGGACCAGACGACGGGCGUACGUGCGUCGAGCAGAUCAAGAAUAAUCACCCGGGUCCCUCUCCCUCCUGCGCAACUCUCAGCGUCUCGCCGGCGGCGGUCCACCUGCUGGCACGCGUCGUCGGCGCCGGGGACCGGAAAGUCCGAUGGAGGUUCGUGGACACCCGAACGGACGCGUCGUCCGAGGGACUGCUCACGGUGCUGCGGACGAUCGGGUCGCUCCUGGAGGAAGCGAUCUCGCGGGAGACCACGCUGCUUGAGAUGGUGAGAGCGAGCGGCUUUGGCAGGAGCCCCAAGGUGGACGGGAUCGUCACGGUGCGCACGGCUUUGGAGGAGAUGAGAGGGGUGCUGGACGUCGACGCGAUGAUCACGCACAGGAGGCGCCAGAAGCGCUGCCGCCGUGUCCGAGAGAUCAACUGUCCGCCGGCGGCCGAGAUGGCGGCGGAUGCAGAGAUGCUGACGGAUAGGAUGAGAACACUACACGUGGAUGAGGUGCAAGAUGAUGCAGAGGUGCUGGCCAAGAGGCUGAGGACGCAAUCCAGAAUUGGAGACUGGCUUGCUUCCAAGGUCUCCGGAAUCCGGAUGAAGAACAGCAUAGAAACUAGGUUAUUUUCUGUACUAUUAGCUAUUACUAGAGAUGCUGUGCUUUCAGUUCAGGAGAAUUUCAGUGAACAACAUGAUUUACCUAGAUUUCGGACACACAGUGCAAGGAGCAAGGAGGCAUGGACUAGUAUGGUUGGUCAAUUCAAUUCAAGGUUUACUUUAGCCUUCACCGUUGCUCAAGUCGUUAUGCCGAAGGAAGAAGUUGCCAUGGAAUGGACCAUGCGAGCAAGGCAAAAGUAUGUUCAGAAGUUCCUGCAUUGCAUUCACUGCCACUGCAAUGUACCUGAUGCUGAUGGUGCAUCAGCCUUGCAUUUUGAUGUCGAGGGGACUAGGGAUGAUACUCUAAUUGGUUUGGUGAUGAUGAAUUCAGUCCUUCAUCAAGUAAAAGACUUUACUUUUAAUGCAUCACCAGAAGAAGCACAUCCACCAAAUUCCUCAAAUUUAGAGACAUUUGUUCCAGAACAGUUCCUAGAAACUCAACGUCACACUUCCUGGCCAUCUAGCAGUUCAACUCCAGAGUCGGUUGAUGCUAGGCGAGCCAAAAAAACAGAAAACCAGCCAGACUAA